GUACUUGGUGUACGUCUGCAAAUCUCUAUCUAUCAUCCGAUUCAUCAUUUUGAAAAUACCAAAUAGGAUGAAGAUAACCCUUUCUGAGUCCUCCCUCUGCUCCUUCAUGAAACCAUGCAUCUGAACAGUAAUGUGACUGAGUUCAUUCUGCUUGGGCUGACAGAAGAUCCUGUCCGGAAGAAAAUAGUUUUCAUCAUUUUUUUGCUUGUCUAUCUGGGGACAUUGUGGGGUAACUUGCUGAUUAUUACUACCAUCAGGACCAGUCGGGCUCUUCAGAGCCCAAUGUACUUCUUCCUUUUCUAUUUAUCCUUGUCUGAUACCUGCCUAUCUACUUCCAUAGCUCCUAGAAUUAUUGUAGAUUGCCUUUCGAAGAAGAGCAUAAUUUCUUUCAGCGAGUGCAUAAUCCAAGUCUUUACAGCCCAUUUCUUUGGCUGCCUGGGGAUCUUCAUCCUGAUCCUCAUGGCUGUGGACCGCUACGUGGCCAUCUGUAAGCCCCUGCACUACACGACCGUCAUGAACCGCAGGGUGUGUGGAGUGUUGGUGGCCGUGGCCUGGGUGGGAUCUUGUGUGCAUUCUUUAGUUCAGAUUUUUUUGGCCCUGAGCCUGCCUUUCUGUGGUCCCAAUGUGAUUGAUCACUAUUUCUGUGACUUGGAGCCACUGUUGGAACUUGCCUGUGCAGACACUUAUGUGGUCAACCUGCUCCUGGUGUCCAACAGUGGGGCCAUUUGUUUAGUGAGCUUUGUCCUGCUGAUGGUCUCCUAUGUCGUGAUCCUGCACUCGCUCAGAAACCACAGUGCUGAAGGGAGGAGAAAAGCCCUCUCCACCUGCGUCUCCCACAUCAUUGUGGUCUUCCUGUUGUUUGUACCUUGUAUAUUUAUUUACACGCGCCCUGCUACCACCUUCCCUGUAGACAAGAUGGUAGCUGUAUUUUACACUGUUGGGACACCUUUGCUCAACCCUCUGAUUUACACACUGAGGAAUGCAGAAGUGAAAAAUGCCAUGAGCAGGUUGUGGAGCAAGAAGUCGAUCUCAAGUGUCCUGCAAUGAGAGGAGGUUUCCAAGCCCUCUUCAUCAU